UCUAAAGCAACACACACACAUAGCAGAGUUGCAAACAUGUAGACUAGACCAACCAGUUCCUAUGUCUCGUCAUGGAAAUACAGACGGUUUUGCUAUUUCUCUAUAUAUUUGCUUGAAUGACAUGGCUGUAUCAUUUCUACACACGUUUCUUCUCAUUUUUCUAUGCUGUGGACUUUCUGAACAGAAAAUGGACCCGGUCCUCUCACCGCAGAACUGUACAUUAGACUGCAUAUUAAAGGGGAGACCAGAGUGCGAGUUUUGCUUCAUCACAAGCAAGGAUAUUGAAACGACUCUGGGAAUCGGUACACAAAGCCUCUUUGGCAGCUGUGUCCCCAGGCCCUGCUUUUCUCUGCUUGGAUCCGACUCCCCUGCCUGCCAUCAUUUUGUGAAGGCUCCAGAAAGUGUCCAGCUCGUUUUCCUGAACACGUCCAACCUGGACAAGGACUCGGUAGUGGUCACGUGGAAACCCAAUGAAUAUGGUAUAGAGUUCCUGCGUGGGUUCCAGGUGUCAUUACAGAAGCUGGGGGGGAUGCUAGUGGACUGUCAGCUGCUCCUGUUCAAUGCCAACCUGUCACUGGGGGCAACUGAUGCACAGCGGGUAUACCGCUCAGAUCCGUUUCCCAGUUUGGAACUAGACUCCCAGUACGUCGUCAAAGUGAUGCCUCUUCCAGUACCAGAGGUAUGGGAGAGUCUUCAUCACAGCCACCAGUUCAGCACUCGCUCUUGCUUAGAAAAGAUGGGCUUACAGAAAUGCAGAUCUGACUGGCAGCCCAAUCCCAAAACUGUCAAGGUGCAACAGAUUGGGACAGAUGUCAGCGUGACCUUUGAGCUGGCCCCCACCAGUCUGAACAUCCACGAUUAUUUCACCUUCUGUGAGGGCAGGGGGUUGAAAAAUAUAACCAAGAUAAGAGUGAAUGACAAGGAGAAUGUGACUCACCAUAGCUUCAUACUGUCCAACCUCAAACCUGGCGUCAACUACUCCUGUGAGAUAUCAGCUGACAUUACGGACCCUCUAAAAACACACAUCAGGUUUCAGGUAGGAAAAGUGAAUGCUGAACCCCAGAGCUCCAACCCUAUUCUCCUGGCUGUCCUGCUGGCUCUGGCGCUCCUCGUUCUGACCGUCACCGCGGUCCUGCUGCUGCUGCCCCGGGCGUUCAGGAGAACGAGGAAGCGGCGGCAGUAUCAGUUCAGGGAUGUUCAGUCGGAAGGCGACUUGAAAGAGGGUCUCUUCCAAGUCUCUGGUUUGAGUUCUCCGGUCUCGCCCCCCCGUGUGUUCGUCUGUUACUCCAGCGCAGACGGGCCCGCGCACGUUGCCGUGGUGAUGAGAUUCGCCGCCUUCCUGCAGCAGCAUGCCUCAACUCGGGUGUCUCUCGACUUGUGGGAGACUCUGAGGAUGGCAGAGGAAGGACCAAUGGGCUGGAUGUGUCGUCAGAUUGAGGAGAGCGACUUUGUGCUGGUGGUGUGCACCAGAGGGCUGCGGGCCCCCAAUCAGGGAGAGGGGGAAGCAGGGCAGGGGGACACUUCACAGGCAGCCGUUGCACACAUCGGAGAGGAAAUGGGACGUGCAAAGUCCAGGGGGGAGGAUCUGUCGAAAUACAUCACCGUUUUCUUUGAGUAUUCGACAGAGGAUGAGAUACCGAGCAUCCUGAGGCUGGCUUCCCAGUAUCGCCUCAUGCAAGAUCUGCCAUUGCUGUUUUCGCACCUCCACAAGGUGGUGCUGCAGGGUCCGGGCAGGCAGCUGCAGGUAGAGAAUAUGUCCCAGGAGAGCUACAUAAAAGUGCCAGCGGGGGCUCUGCUCUAUAGCGCCAUCCAAAAGGCUAGCUGGUUCUGCAGGAAGGGGCAGAUGCUUUAGGUGAACGUUUAGAGUUUGUGAAAGCGAAGCAAAAGCCUUUUGGUUUCUUUUUCCAGCUCGAGUGACCCAAUUUCUGGGGAAAUAUUUAUGGUUAAGAAUCAUACAGUACAGCUCUGGCCAGAAGUUUUGCGUCACUCUAUAGAAUGAAUUCAUUUUGUUUCAUGAAGUCAAAUGAAACC